AAUUCACUGUGAAUGGCUAAAACCCACAAGUAGAAGAGGACGCAGUGCACUUAGCAGCCUGUAAUUUUCACAAAUUUCAAUUAGGAUUUAAAAUUAUAGGAAUUCAGGACAGGAUUACAUGUCUAACACUCGCAAGGACCCUUGCAAAGCCAACGCCUGCCGCAUACAAGCCUGUCUGAACGAGAAUAACUACCAGGAGGACAAGUGCUUGGAUGUUUUGGAGGCUAUGCGCCAAUGCUGUCUGAAGUGGCAUAAAGAAUCGCUUUGUUGCAGUGGUAUCGAUCUCGAAAAGUCAUAUAAGCCGGAAUCAUCUAAGGGAAAGAACCCAACCGGCAAGUCGAACAAAUAAUGAACAUACCGCAGUAUAAACCACCUAAGGAAAUCCAAGACUUACUAGACAAAAAGGAACAGCAACAGGCAAACCAACGCAGGCGAACAGCAGUGUUGCCCAAACG